CGUCGCUUUUAUCGUUCCGGUAGAGAACGAGUGCCGCCCAUGCGGAGGAGGAGGAGGUCACAUCCCACAACAAACUCUCAUCCCGGUGUGAAACUCGCCUAUCAGGGUUCCUCAUGCUGCUGGUUCGGCGUUCGGCAGCAGGUUUCGGCGGUGUGGCGCGAUGGGGACUGCGCUGUCUGUGCUCCGGGGACGCGGCGGGCCGGUACCGAAACACCGUUCUGCUGCCACGCACUGACUUCCCCAUGAAAGUGAACGGGCCGAGCCUCCUGGAGCAAGAGAUAAAGAUCCAGCAGAAAUGUGGUUUUGACCAGCUGUACACAUGGCAGCGAGAGAAAAAGGCUAAGAAGGAGUACUGUCUUCAUGAUGGUCCACCGUAUGCCAAUGGGGACCCUCAUGUUGGGCAUGCGCUCAAUAAGAUUCUCAAAGACAUCCGCAACCGUUUUGAGGUGCUGAGAGGCAGGCAGGUGCACUAUGUGCCUGGCUGGGAUUGUCAUGGGCUGCCCAUUGAACUCAAAGCGCUGGGAGACCUGGGAACCAAUGAGCUGACUCCUGUCCAGAUCAGACAGAAAGCGCGUGAGUUUGCAGAGAAGGCCAUAUCUCGACAGCGGGCUGCUUUCCAGCGCUGGGGUGUGAUGGCCGACUGGGACAACUGUUAUUACACUUUUGAUGGGAAAUAUGAAGCAGCCCAGCUCAAGGUCUUCCAGGAGAUGCACAACAAGGGCUUAAUUUAUCAGGACUAUAAGCCUGUUUUCUGGUCACCGUCGUCCAGGACGGCGCUUGCAGAAGCUGAGCUUGAGUAUAAUCCAGAACAUGUGAGCCGUUCUCUGUACAUCACUUUCCCCCUGCUCACCCUGCCAGCUAAACUCGCAGCAAAAGCAGAAGGUUUGAGCCAUGUGUCUGCGCUGAUAUGGACGACUCAACCAUGGACUAUUCCAGCCAAUCAGGCAGUUUGUUAUAUGCCCAAAGUACAGUAUUCUGUAGUGAAGCGAGCUGAUAAUGAGCAGCUCCUGCUAGUGGCCACAGAGCGAAUAAACAGCCUCUCCUCUUUACUGAAGACAAAUCUGGAGAGUUUGGUCACAUUUGCAGGGACAGAUCUUGAAGGUGGAGUCUGUCAGCAUCCCACAAUGCCUUCAAAAGAAGUACCUUUGCUUCCAGCUAGUCAUGUGACCAUGACUAAGGGAACAGGAUUGGUCCAUACAGCUCCAGCCCAUGGCAUGGAUGACUACAGCGUUGCCACACACUUCAAUCUGCCAGUAGAGUGCAUGGUGGAUGAGGAGGGCAGGUUUACAGAACUUGCUGGAGCUGAACUGCAGAAUAAAUCUGUGAUGGAUGAAGGCAAUGCUGCAGUAAUUUCAGUGCUGCAGGCGGCGGGCGCAGUGGUGAAGGAGGAGGACUGUGUGCACAGUUACCCGUAUGACUGGAGGACCAAACAGCCAGUCGUGAUCCGAGCCAGUAAACAGUGGUUUAUUAAUACUGCCACCCUCAAAGACAAAGCAAAGGAUGCCUUGCAGAAAGUGCGUGUGAUACCGGAAUCUGCGAGGUCCAGCUUGAUGUCAAUGUUGGACAGAAGAACAUACUGGUGUAUAUCUCGACAGAGGAGCUGGGGCGUCCCUAUCCCAGUGUUCUACCAUAAAGAGACUGGGGAGCCGCUUUUAAACAAACAUUCAGUGAGCCACAUCGCUAAAGUUUUCUCUGAGAAGGGGAGCGACAGCUGGUGGACGGAGCCAGUGGAGACGUUUCUGACACCAGACGUUCUUCAGAAGAGUAAAGGAAGUUCAGUGUCUGAUUAUGUGCGGGGUGAAGAUGUCCUGGAUAUCUGGUUUGACAGUGGGGCUUCAUGGGCCGCUGUACUACCAGAAUCAGACCCACGUGCAGACUCGUAUGUGGAGGGGAAAGAUCAAAUCGGCGGCUGGUUUCAGUCAUCUCUCCUCACCAGUGUAGCUGUGCGGAAUAAAGCUCCUUACAAAGCUCUAGUUGUUCAUGGGUUUGCCGUGAGUGAGAAAGGAGAGAAAAUGUCUAAGUCCAUAGGCAACGUGGUGGACCCAGAUGUGGUUAUUAAUGGGGGGAAGGACUCGUCUGUUUCUCCUCCAUAUGGUGCUGAUGUUUUGAGAUGGUGGGUUGCAGAGUCCAAUGUCUUUUCUGAGGUUCAGAUCGGACCGAAUGCACUGAACGCAGCUAAAGACAGCAUCAACAAGCUGAGAAACACACUGAAGUUUCUCUUAGGCAAUCUCCAGGGCUUUGAUCCUCGUUCUCAGGCUGUGGACUCCAAACAAAUGCACUACAUUGACCAGUACAUGCUGCAUCUGCUCCGAGAGUUCAGCAUGAAGGUAACCGAUGCUUACAGUGAGUUCAACUAUGGCCUUGUCAUCCGUCUGCUGCAAUCCUUCACCGCUAGAGAAUUAUCCAACUUCUAUUUCAGCAUCAUCAAAGAUCGGCUAUAUUGUGACCCAGAGGACUCUGUUGGCCGGCGGUCAUGUCAGACAGUCCUGGAGGAGAUUCUGGAUGGAGUGAGUCGCUCUAUCGCUCCUGUCCUCCCUCACCUUGCUGAGGAGGUGUACCUGCACGCUCCUGGACAUGACGAGGGGAACACUUUGUUUCGGAGCGGCUGGAUUAACACCAGUCCUGUGUGGAGAAAACCAGGACUGGAGGAAGCAGUGGAGGGCGCAUGUGCUAUUAGAGACUCUUUCCUGUCGUCUAUUCCAGGACGAAAUGCUGCCGAGUUUGACCUCGUCAUUUCCAUUGAACCCGGCCUGUUCUUUGAGCUCAUGGAGUCUCUUCAAGAGGAGCCCACUUCCACCUGCUCUCAGCUGACAGAGCUCAUGAUGACCUCGCGCACCACUCUGACAAGCUCUCUCCCACGAGAUUUGCCAUCUGAUGCCAUCACAAGCACGGGGAACUUCCUCAUCAACCUGGAAGGAGGCAUGAUCCGUGAGGAAAGCUCAUACAGCAUAGCAGCGAUGCCCACUGCUCUGUCGCGAUGCCCGAGAUGUCGGCGCUACACAUCAGAUGAGCCAGACUGCCUCUGUCCACGAUGCCAAACCGUGGUGGAAAAAAAUGCCAAGUAAUCAGCCUGAUUGUAGCCAUGACUGCUGCCCACCCACUGCUACUCCUCCUCCUCGUCUUCUGGUGUAAAAGGCUGCAAGGACUACCAUGAACCAACUGAAGCUGCUAUUGUAACCAUUGUCUGAAGCUGAAGGAUAAGAGGAUCACGUUUCUCAGGGCUUGAUCUGGAGAUGAACUGUUAUUAAUGAAUAAAGCAAGAAUUUGGAAGGAAAAGCCAAGCGGGAGAUUCUCAAAUGAGAAACCCCAUUUCAGAUCAUGCUUGCAACAUGAGCAUUGACCUGGGAUCUGUUAACCUCACAAAGUUGAGGUGAACUGUAAAGGGCUUUUGUGUUGGAGCUGGGUGGAAGGUUUGGUUAAAUGUUUGUUUACUUUCUUUUUUUUUUUUAUAGUGUUACACAUUUGAGAAAUUAAGGCAGAAGUGAUUUGUGAAAGCAUUCUGAACUUGAGGCAGGCUGAUUCAAUACAGAGCUUUAUCUUAGAAUGUCUUCAAAAACCAUUCUGCUGGUUUCAGAAGUGAGUCUCAGUGAGAGUUAAAUAUAAAUUUAUAAUAUUUUUUUCAGUUUUCCUAUAAAUUAUGCUGUAUAACCUCAGUUUUAUUGUUAAAUCAAUAAAUGCCAUACAUAAAAGA